AUGCUUCCUUACCAGAGCUUUUAAGCUAAGAAGCAUAAUAACAUAUAUUUGAUUAAUCCCACACAGAUUACUUCAACAAUGGCACAGAUAAAGUAUAAUAAUUUGAAGGAGGCGAACAGCAACAUCUUAACAACAAUGGAGUUUGAUGUGUGGGUCUAAUAGUAAAUGUUUAAGUUUAUCUAGUCGGAGAUGAUGCUUGAUCUUAUGCACUACCAUAUUAUUAUCAUGAUACCUCGAGAAAUGAGCUUAAACAAUAAAGAGAUAGAGUGGUUCAGAACAUAAAUUGAAUUCUGUAUCAGUAAGAUUAAUGAUCUACAAUACCUCUAACUAACCUCAUCCGUAUCAGAUCUUACAGAGCAAUAUGAUGAGCAGAUACAACAAAUACUAAUUGCCAAGAGGGAAAAACCAAAGAGAGUGUCGAGUGAAUGGCUUAAAACACUAUAGUGA